CAUAAACAGACUCAAUGACUUGUUUCUAAAGACAACUUCGCACCCUUCAAAACUUUUACACCUCUCUCUCGAAACCAAGAAAUGGGUCAGGGAACUCCGGGCGGGUUGAACCGGCAAGGCCUACCGGGCGACCGAAAGCCCGACGGGAACGAUAAGAAGGAGAAGAAGUUCGAGCCGGCGGCUCCGCCGGCCCGAGUCGGUCGAAAGCAGCGCAAGCAGAAGGGUCCCGAGGCUGCGGCUCGGCUCCCGACCGUGACGCCGCUGACCAAGUGCAAGCUUCGGCUGCUGAAGCUGGACAGAAUCAAGGACUAUCUGCUUAUGGAGGAAGAGUUCGUGACAAACCAGGAGCGGCUCAAGCCGCAGGAAGAGAAAGCCGAGGAGGAUAGAUCUAAGGUCGACGAUCUCCGAGGCUCGCCGAUGAGCGUUGGGAAUCUGGAGGAGCUAAUUGACGAGAACCAUGCGAUUGUUUCGUCUUCGGUUGGGCCUGAGUACUAUGUUGGGAUUUUGUCCUUUGUAGAUAAGGACCAGCUCGAGCCUGGUUGUGCCAUUUUGAUGCAUAAUAAGGUGCUUUCUGUUGUCGGGCUUCUUCAAGAUGAAGUUGAUCCAAUGGUGUCUGUCAUGAAAGUUGAGAAAGCUCCACUGGAGUCUUAUGCUGACAUCGGCGGAUUGGAUGCCCAAAUACAGGAGAUUAAAGAAGCAGUUGAGCUCCCACUGACGCAUCCUGAACUGUAUGAAGACAUUGGUAUCAGGCCUCCUAAGGGAGUCAUAUUGUAUGGAGAGCCUGGAACUGGCAAGACCUUGCUUGCAAAGGCAGUGGCAAACUCAACAUCAGCAACUUUCUUACGUGUUGUUGGUAGUGAGUUGAUUCAGAAGUACUUGGGAGAUGGUCCGAAAUUAGUGAGGGAACUCUUUAGGGUUGCUGAUGACCUCUCACCCUCCAUUGUCUUCAUCGAUGAAAUUGAUGCAGUUGGUACAAAGAGGUAUGAUGCCCAUUCAGGUGGUGAACGUGAAAUUCAGAGGACCAUGUUGGAGUUACUGAACCAGUUAGAUGGUUUUGAUUCAAGAGGAGAUGUCAAGGUGAUCUUGGCAACAAAUAGAAUUGAGAGUCUUGACCCAGCCUUGCUUCGUCCUGGCCGAAUAGAUAGGAAGAUUGAAUUCCCUCUUCCUGAUAUCAAAACAAGGAGGCGCAUCUUCCAGAUUCACACAUCAAGGAUGACGUUGGCUGAUGAUGUCAACUUAGAAGAAUUUGUUAUGACUAAGGAUGAGUUCUCUGGGGCUGAUAUAAAGGCAAUAUGUACUGAAGCUGGUUUGCUUGCUUUAAGAGAGCGCCGUAUGAAGGUGACACAUAUAGACUUCAAGAAGGCAAAGGAAAAGGUGAUGUUCAAGAAGAAAGAAGGGGUUCCAGAAGGGCUCUAUAUGUGAUGAAAUCACCCCGCAUGUACUUUUGAAGACACAGCCGUUCUGUUUGUGUUCUGUAUUACAACUUAAAUUCUAUUUCAAGUUUCUUGUGUUUUGGUUGGAUUCAAUAUAAGUGAUGAUUAGCAUCCUUAAUUGAAAGAUGGAGGUUGUAAUACUUCAACUAUAGAAUCACGAGUGCCUUCCCUUCGGAAACCAACUAAGGCAACUCCGAUUAUUUACGUUUAUCCAUAUGCUUCAUUUCAAA